CUACUUUUUAACCCAAAAAAGUAUGACAUUGAGAAUAUAGUAUCUUUAGAUCCUCUUGUUAAUGAAACUGAGAAUGAACACAGUAUCCAACCAGAAGACAAUUCAGGAUAUGAUAUUCAUGUUCCUAUAAUUAAUAAUGAUACAAAUGAUCUUGAAAACGAAUCAACAGUUGAAGUAACGUUAGAUGAUAAGUCACCCGAAAAUGAUAUGAUAGUAAUACAGAAUGAGUCUGAAAAAGUUGAAGAAAUUUUUGAAUUCGAUAAUGAUCAUGUUAAUUUGGAACAAAGAUUAAAUAAUAAUAAUAAGAGAAACGAAAGAAUGAGAACAAAUAAAUUUACAGGAAUUACACGUCUUCCAAAUUCGUUAAUUAAGAGUUUGUUUAGCAAAUUUUCAUCUAUCAAAGUGUCAAAAGAAGCUAUGCAAAUGGCGUUUGACGGUACACAAGAAUAUCUUGAACAAAUUUCAAAUGAUUUAAAUACGUAUGCGUCACAUGCGAAAAGAGAAGUUAUUCAAGAAAAAGAUGUACUUUUAUUAAUGAAGAGACAAGGAUUAAUCACCGAAAAGUCUACUUUUGAAUCUUUAGUAGAACAAUAUUUGCCGCGUGAAUUAUCUAAUGAAAUUUGUCCAUAUGCUCGCUCUGGAAAUAUUGUUUAUCCUCAAAAACAAUUUUCUAGGAAAGGAACCAAGAAAAGCAAAUAAUGUCCUGAAACAAAUUAAUUUACACUAAUUAUAAACGAACCAUUCCGAUUCCGAUAAUGAAACUGGAUGCCAAAACACUUCGAUAUAUGACUCCGGAU